CCAUAACGUUGCACUCAGGUCGCGUCUCUAGGCCACGCACACACGCACGACGGACGUCCACUGGACAUCCGGUGUGGGUCCUGUCUCUCUCCUCUCACACCACACCAUCUCCCCCCAAUAUGUACACAUACGCAAUCGCACACAUGUAUACACACAACAGCUAAGCAAAGCUAUGCUAGGGUAAUUAAGGGCAUCAACCCAUCCAAUGGUCACUCAUUCGUCCUGCAGCUUCGCCUCCACCUGUCGCCGCACCUGCAUGAUAACACAUACCACACCACCACACAGGCCAAUGAGGCUGUUUCCUGUCUGCCUGUCUGUCUGUGGGUGUUACGAAUUCGAGUGAAGAUCUAUCGAGUUCAUUGAUAAGGGCUAAGACAGCACACAGGAUGUUGUCAUUCCGCGAUGUGGCAGACGGGGGGGCCACCACACCUGAACGAAUGCAGCACCCCGCCAGCCCAACGACACAACACAUUCUCUGACCAUUCAUGUGGCUCAUUCCUGCACCAUCUCUCACCGGCGCUCGCGUGUCUGCCUAUUUGGUGUCGUCUGCCCGGGUGUUGCGCAGCUGCUCUUUCAGCCCUGCUCUUCUGCCGCUCACCCACACCCACAGCUGCAGCUGCUGCAGCAGCAGGAGGGCCGCCAGGAGAAACAGAGGGAAACACGGCAUCGCUCAAGCUGCGAUGCUCUGAAUGACGGAAACAAACACGCACACAGAGAUUGCGUCCCGGGUCUUUUUGUGUGUAUGUUGCAUGCAUGACUGACCUCUUUCCAGUUUCUGCACGUUUGUCGGCAGGGGUGAGGGCGAGGGCGAUGAUGUGGGCACCCGCCCGCCCUCUCGCUCCCGCACACCACCGGCCCUGUUGCCUUUGCUGUCCACAGCAGCGGCAUCCGCACCAUCUGCCACAUACCACCAGCCACCUUACACAUCACCGCACUGACGGGCACCUGUGUUCUUGUCUGUCGUACCGGUGCGUUCGGGUGUUUGUCGCUGCACGGCACCGCCCCCGGCCCCGUUGGGCAGACCACCACCACCACCAGCGGCCUGUGAUGACCCGACCACAUCGGGGAGGUCGGAUGGGGGCGUGAAGGUGCGGAAUGCGUUGUCCCGGGCUAAUGCAGCGGCCUCCUCACGCUCCUCUGCCGACACAUCUGCAGCCCAUGGACACACACAGUGCGCGCGUGUGUGUGUCUGUGUGUGUCGUGCCUUUGCUGUCGAGUUUGGUGAGAGUGGGUAGGCAGUGGAUGACGAACGGCCGAUACAACACGUCACGCGAGCAGGGAUUGUCGCUCAACCUAUCGCACGCAGCCGACAGACAGCAGAGAACAAGACACAAGGACCCUGUGCGUGUGUGUCAUCUUGCGUGUGUGUGUGUUACUCACCACAGGACGCGCAGAUUGGUGAGGGUCUGGAGGUAGUACAGUUCGCCCAGAUCCACUAUGUCGUUCUUGCGAAGAUACAGCUCAGCCAACCGCGGACCUGACGCACUCACAGCAAGAGAGCCACACAUCUCCUCGACGAGACUCAGUGCAUGUGUGUGUAUUGCUACACUGUGCGAAGUCUUUGAGCGAGGCGAUGCGGUUGACCGACAGCGAGAGCACCUCAAUGUUCUUCAAACGACUCAACACCGACACCUGCAACCACAACCAAUCACACGGCAUGCAUGCAUCGAAAUGAUGAGUGCGCCUUUCUUCCCCUCCAUCCCGCCCAUCUCUCUCUGUGGCUCACGUCGUGUAUGUCAUUUCCCCAGAGGUUGAGGUUUCUGACGUUGGCGAGGCUGUCCACUUUGGCCCUCGCGAGGAUCAGCUCCUCAGUCAUCGUCGAGCCUGACGUACGCAUCAUGACG